CCGAGCCUCGACUCGCGUGCAUCAACUUCGCUUCCACCCUUCACACCUCUCACUAUGGCUCGUGGCCGAGGACGCGGCGGCGGACGGGGCGGCGGGCGCGGCCGCGGCGGCUCGCGUGGAGGCGGCUCGCAGGGGCGCAGCAGCGAGCGCAGCGGCGCACCUGCUGGCGGCGAGUACAGCACCCAGCCCAUCGAGAUGGACAACAAGGUCUUUGAGUCGUACUACCUCGGCCAGGGCAUUCUGCCCGCCGACGAGUGGCUGCCGUUCCUCGAGUCGAUGCGUGCGCCGCUGCCGACGACGUUCCGCAUCACGCCGGGAAAGCACACGACGCCCAUGGUGCAGCAGGAGAUGCGCGACGUCUUCCUGCCGGCGCUCACCGGCGUGCAGCACGAGGGCGAGGCCGUGCCGCCGCCCACGGCCCUCGACUGGUACCCGCACGGCCUCGGCUGGCAGAUCGACGUCAAGAAGAGCGUGCUGCGCAAGGAGGAGCAGUUCAAGAAGUUCCAGCAGUGGCUCGUGCACGAGACGCUCACUGGCUCCAUCUCGCGCCAGGAGGCCGUCUCGAUGAUCCCGCCGCUGUUCCUCGACGUCAAGCCGCACCACAUCGUCAUGGACAUGUGUGCUGCGCCGGGCUCCAAGACGGCACAGCUCAUCGAGGCGCUGCACAGCCCGACGAGCUCUGCGUACGACAGCUUCGACCCGAUGCCGCCGGGAGUCAUCGUCGCCAACGACUCGGACAACAAGCGUGCGCACAUGCUCGUGCACCAGAGCGCCCGCCUGCCGUCGCCCAACAUCAUCGUGACGAACUGCGACGCGACGAUGUGGCCGCGCGUCGAGGUGCCGUGGCGCGCCGAGGGCAGCGACCAGACCGUGUCGCGGCCGCUGCGCUUCGACCGCGUGCUGGCCGACGUGCCGUGCUCUGGCGACGGCACGAUGCGCAAGAACAUCACGAUCUGGCGCGAGUGGCGGGCGGGCAAUGGGCUGAGUCUUCAUGCCCUGCAGCUGCGCAUCCUGCUGAAGGGCCUCUCGGUGCUGCGGCCUGGCGGCCGGCUCGUCUACUCGACGUGCAGUCUGAACCCCAUCGAGAACGAGGCCGUCGUGUCGGCAGCCCUGCGCGAGCUCGGCGCCGACCCGGCCAACGGCGUUGCGGGCAAGCUCCGCGUCGUGGACGUGUCGGACCUGUACCCGAUGCUCAAGCGAUGCAAGGGCCUGACGCACUGGCGCGUCGCACCGGGAUCUGGCCGGCAUCUCACGAAGGAGGAGCCGAAGGAGGAGAAGGCAUCGACAGCGCCCGCUGCCGACGCCACUGCUCCUGCUGAGGCUGGCGAGGCAAGCGCUGCCGCUGCACCGGCGCCCGGCUCCGCCGAGUACCUCGCCGCUUUGCCGACGACUCGCUGGGUCGAGUCGUACGAGGCUCUGCAGGCCGUGGACAAGUCUCUCGCCUCUCGCACGCCGCGCACGGCCUGGCCGUGCGGACAGGAGAAGGCCAUGGGCCUCGAGCACGCCAUGCGCGUGUACCCGCACCACCAGAACACGGGUGGCUUCUUCGUCUGCGUGCUCGAGCUCGAGGGCGAGCGGGAUGAGGAGGGCCAGGCUGCGGGCAUGAUCCGCGCGAUGGAGGCCAAGGAUCGCCAGGUCGAGGCUGAGGCCGGGCCGUCGACCAGCGCCGAGCUGCAGGGCGAGGCUAGCAGCAGUGCUGCCGCCAGCAGCAUCAAGCGUGCCCUCAGCCCGAGCGCAGACGCAGAGGAGCCCGAGGGUAAGCGCCUGCGCGAGGACGAGCCGCAGGAGGACGCGGCGGAGGCCGACCUCGUGGUUGCCGACCCGAACGCAUCAAUCAAGCCGGACAACCACGCGGCUGCGCGCGCCACGCGCGGCAAGAAGAACGACCGGGACGAGGGCUACGGCAUGCCUGGUGGCGUGCCGUGGAAGGAGGACCCGUUCACCUUCGUCGACUGGCGCAACGCGCAGACGCAGAGCGUGCUGGACUUCUACGGCGUCAAGCCCGAGUUCCCGAAGCACAACUUCCUCGUGCGCAACCUCGAGGGCGAGCCGCUGCGCACCGUGUACAUGACGAGCUCCUCCGUGCGCGCCAUCGUCAGCAGCGGCGGGCCGGGCAUCAACGGCCACCCGUCGCUGAACCCGCGCAAGAUGCGCAUGCUCAACUGCGGCGUCAAGACGCUGGCACGGCAGGAGGCGGGCAAGGACAAGCAGCUCGAGUGCCGCUGGCGUGCCAUUGCCGAUGGCGCGCCCGUCAUCCGGCCCAUGGUGCGCGACGAGAUGAUUGCGCGCGCAGAGCUGUCCGACCUCGCCUUCCUCAUCAAGAACCACUACCCGACGCUCGAGUCGACGCCCGACUCGCCCUUCUUCCGCGAGAUGCGCACGCGCAAGAUGGGCAGCUACUUUGCCGACUUUGUCCCCGGCGAGCACGAGGGCACGAAGCUGAGCACGACGCUCAACUACCCGGUGUGGCGCGCGGUCGCCAGCAUCAACCUGAUGCUCGACAAGCAGGAGAAGAGCGCGCUCUCCUGCCGCAUCUUCGGACGCGACCUCUCCACCGAGACGGGCGAGCGGCAGUUCGUCGCGCACCCGAAUCAGCGCGCAGCGAUGCGGCAAAAGGCCGAGGCCGCGGCGCUCGAGCAGCGCAAGGCUGACGAGCUGGAGCAGAUGCAGAUGGAGAUGGCCGACGCUGCCGCUUCCUCAUCAGCUGCUGGCGCAACGUCGGCGCCCGCUGCGCUGUCUGCGCCCGAGCCGGCGGCAGAGGACCCCGAGCAGGCAGCUGCCGUCGAGGCCACCGAGGCAGAGGUGGCGGAGGAGGGACAGGCCGUGCCGCUCGAGCAGAGCGACGCAUAGACAGGCACAGGCGCAGGCGCUGUGGUAAUCGCAUGACUCAUUCACAGUGGUAUACCCUAGUCGGCCCACCAGUCCUCGCGAGUGCGAGCGUCGGCUGCGCUCUGGGGCCCGCGCGCAAGGAUGUGCAGCCGGUCAUCCUCGUGCAGCUCGGGCGCCGGAGCGGCGGCGGCCAGACUUGCGAUGCGUCUCGCCUCUCGCCUUGCCUCGCGCGCCUCUCGUGCCUUCUCGGCUGCCUCGCGCACGCGGACGGCGUGCACGUCGUGGUCCGGGUCGGCGCAGUACCAGCCCGAGCCGCUGAGAUCGAUCAGCGGCUUCGAGGUAGCAGCUUCCCACGUUGGAGAGCGGACGCCCGGACG